CGUAAUUCUGCUGCACCCUCUCCUCGUCUUCAAGCUUCUUCGUCCUAUUCACCGACCCGCCCUUCACUUCAGGUUUCCUGAUUUCCAUCCAUUCCUUAGCAUUGUCGUAUCAAGUCUCUCGUUCAGAAUACACGUCCUUAUUUCCCGGCUCUUUUUGUGUCAUUGUUCUCCUGGUCCGCUCUCGACCCACGUUCGUUCUUUUUGUUCUCCCAGACCCCUUGUCUCCUUGCUGCACGCUUUGUCCACCUUGACGGACGACAAGCAAGCCGGCAGCCGGUCAAUUGCCCCCGACGCCUCUUCUCUACGCUCUCCCUCAACGGUGAAGGAAGUCAAUUCCUGGAAACGAGACGAGCAGUUGCGGUCACUGUUUGGAUGACAGACCGACCUUGACAGCGAUGCAAUAAAGGCAAUACAAGACAAAGGUUUCGAUCUCCGAGGCAAUUGAGCUGGACUCUUGUUACACCUGGCCUUCGGCUGCGCCGCGCCCGAGACAACAAAGUACAACUGCCUCAGAAAUAGAAAUCCGACCCCCCGUGAUCGGUUGCUCCCUCUCACGAAUUAUUGAUAAGCCGCUGCCAGGUCGCAGCGCAUCAAACGAUCUUUACACAAUACAAAUACCAUAUUCACUAUGGGGUGUUGCGGCGGUGAACGAGAAAAGUUCGGGAACUUGAGUGCUGAGCAGAAAUGGGACUACAUUAACCUUGACGAUUUCAAAUCUUCCUCAUGCUGGACCCCUUUUGCCUAUGGCUAUCUUUUGCUGAUGCUUGUUGUGUCGAUAUCCGUCUACGCAGUUGACACAUUUACCGCCAUCAACCUCCUCGCCUUCGAUAGAUGGGCGGGUCAGAUAAAGCCUGAGAUCCCACUCAACAUCUCUCGAUGGAUCUUUGCCGGUUGUAUCAUUCUAUCAUUUGUUCUACUCGUCUACCGGUGGAUGAGGGCAGUCAGAGUCAUGCGACAGGGUGGCGUCGCGAAAACCUACCUGGACCCUCUGGCCGUACGGAUACAAUCGAUCCGGUGGGGAAAGGCAAGAGGCUGGAAGCGUUUCCUGGUCUUUGCCGAGUUGACAAAGAGUCGAAAAGGCGCCGACUACGUUGCCUUGUUUGCAUAUUUCUCAUUCGAAGCAUGGCUUCGUAUUGUCUUUGCAGAAGGGCCGCGACAAGUGGUCAACGCGAUCACACUGUACUCGGUGUUGAGGUUGAAGUUGGUCCCAGAGGGUGAACAUGCUCCAUCGGAUGGCCACUCUCCGGUCGUCCAGUUCUUUGUCAAUGUUGGGAUUCUGGCCGAUUCCAAUCAUCUGCAGGCCGUCAUUCUUUUCGGCAUGCUGUGGACUCUGGUCAUCUGGGUCAUCUCCGUCAUCAGUUUGAUCAUCUCGGUCAUUCUCUAUCUCGUGUUCCUCUGGCACCACAUUCCUAGCGAGGAUGGAGGUCUAACUGGAUAUUGCCGUAACAAGAUUAACCGACGGAUGGAGAGAGUCGUCAAGAUCAAGGUUGACAAAGCAUUGAAGAAAGAGAACGCGCUGCGAGCUCGAGCAGAGGCUAGGGCGGCUCGUGAAGGUACAGAUAUGAAGAAACAACCGACCUUGCCGAAUAUCGCAGGAGCCGAUGAGGACUCGCUUCCUCCGCUGUCGAGACAGACGACAAUGACAACCCUCCCGGAGUACACUUCGCGACCAGCAACAAGCAGGAGCAGUGAUGAUGCAGUUCCGACGCUACCUGAUAUCGCGCCUCGUCCACCUAUGCCUACUCGUACCGUAACCCAUGGAUCCGCAGCAUCGUGGUCAAGCUACAGCUCAAAUGCUCCAUUAAUGGGCUCUGCCGCGGACAUGGGGUUUGCAGCUGAUCGAGUUCAGACGCCAGCAUCUGAUGUGAACAGUCCCUGGUAUGGAAGACAGGCACCAAACCGUAGCAUAUCGAACCUGUCGCAACCUCCGCAACGGUCCUUUAGUCCUGCGCUUCCACGACCAGGUACAGCACAGAGUGACAGAAAUGGUCCUGGUGCAUACCAAAUGGAUCCUCUGCCACGACCAGGUACUAGCAUGUCUAGCAAUGGACGGCCCAGGUAUCCUUUGGAAAAUAGCAGUGCUCUUCCGUACCCAGAUGAUCGAAGCUCGACCCCAUCGACCAAGCCACCAUCAUGGGCAGGACCAAACUUCGACAACCAAGUUGACGCAUCGGGUCGUCGUACGCCUGGAGCUGCUGUUGGACCAGCAUUUUCUGCUAUUCCCGAAGAAAGAGGACGAAACUCACCAUUACCGGGACCUCAAUUCCGAUCACAAACUCCUAUUCAAGGACCUCCAGAAAGAUCGUUUACACCAACCGCUGUAGGUCCAAUGAGGGCUGUGACACCGACUGGAGGUCCAACCUUGCCUCGAUUGCAGACCUCAAGCUCUGGUGGUUAUAUCCCCUAUUCGGCGGAGCGAUCAAUGACCCCCGUAUCUUCAAUUCCCCCCAGUGCCACCAUCCGGACUGUCACUGAACCAACAAGGACAUACACGCCCUUUGGAUCACAGACAGGUCUCCCCAGUGGUCCACGAGAUCGGCCGCCUCCACAGAGGCAGGGAAGUCAGGGAGUGGACGACAUAUUGGACCAUUAUUAAGAGUUGGCCAUCCUGAAAACCAGAGCGAUUUGCGGACUCGCGGUGACGAAACAGUAACGAUGAUUAAUAGCUAGAUUCUGUAACACAAAAUUGGCACAUUAUUUUACUUAG